CACACAGCAGAAACUGUCUAUUCAGUUAUUCUGGUGACAAGUGUUAAAUUAAAUUUUACGAGUUCAUAAUCUCUGUCACAUCAUGCCUCAAACAGAUUUAUUAGUAGAUCACUCUAAAGAAAAACUUACUGAAGUGCCCAAAAGUGUACUGGACAUGAGCAACCUGAAGAUGUUAUUUCUUGAAGGAAAUUUCCUCACGAGUUUGCCGGAAGAUAUUUUUUGGAAGUUACCGAAAUUGAUGUGGUUAGAUUUGAGAAAUAAUAUGUUGGAAUAUUUGCCAAAAAGUAUAGGAUAUCACGAGAAUCUCGAGAAUUUACUACUGACCAACAAUAAUUUACAGAAAUUGCCAAAUGAACUUGGUCUAGUUUCAAAGUUAAAAGCUCUACAAGUCUCAGACAAUCCUCUCACUUACCCCGCCAGAAAAGUAAUAGUGGAAGGAACGAAGGCUAUCAAAAACUACUUGAAAGAACAGUACGAAAAAAUCAAAUCUUCCGCUACGAAAAAUGAUAGCAGCAAAUUGGAUGAUGAACUGCAGAUUCUGGAGGAGGAGAGAGUUUUGAGUGUUGUUGAUGUGUCUAGCAAUGAAGAUAUCGUGGAUAGUAACUCGGGUGCUAUCGAAACUACCGACAAAAAUAGUAAAGGUUUAUCGAUGUGUAAGCUUUCGUUUUGCGACCCAUACCAUCUCCAGCCUACGUUCAGUGUGAAAAAGUUGCAUCAUUCCAGAGUAAAGAAAAAAAAUCAAGAAGAAUCUCUUAAAAUAGUUCAUAAAAUCAGCAGAACAAAUUCCAAAAUCAUGCUCAAGUCAUAUUUCAAUAAAAUAGGAGUGAGAAACAAAACAAGCGAAAAAAUUGUGAAUACGGCCCUUAAAGAAGGAUGGCUCAAUCAACUGAGAAUACUUCUAACCGAUCAGGAAAGGAUUUUGCAACAGGAACGGUAA